CAGCAACCGCUGUUGCCCACUGCAAGAGAGGAAAUGGCCUCAUUAAGGUGAAUGGAAGACCUCUGGAAAUGAUUGAGCCCAGAACUCUGCAGUAUAAACUGCUUGAACCUGUCCUCCUCCUGGGGAAGGAACGGUUUGCUGGUGUUGACAUCAGAGUCCGUGUAAAGGGUGGUGGCCACGUAGCACAAAUCUACGCUAUCCGUCAAGCUAUUUCCAAAGCAUUGGUGGCUUACUAUCAAAAAUAUGUUGAUGAAGCCUCUAAGAAAGAGAUCAAGGAUAUUCUAAUCCAGUAUGACAGGACUCUGCUGGUUGCAGAUCCUCGCCGUUGUGAAUCCAAGAAAUUUGGAGGACCUGGUGCUCGUGCGCGCUACCAGAAGUCUUACCGUUAAAAUUGUUCUGCGGUCAUGUGACAGUCAAUAAACAUCAAGAGAAUUUGAUAAAUUUCA